AACACUACACUCUCAUGGCGGACCACCUACUACGCAUUCCUCCCUCCUACCAUCUCAAGCUCACGGCUCAGCACCAGUCACCAACCAAGACCGUCCUCAGGAUCAGGCGCCUCCUCCGCGCCUUCGUCUCCAAGCACGCCGGCCGCGUCGCCGCGGCGAUGGGAGGCGCAAGGUCGCUGCUCCUCGACCUCCUGAGCAAGAAGGCCGGCGUCGAACUGAGGAGGAAGACCAAGCGGAGGAGGAGGAACAACAUGGAUCCCUCGUGCUGUGGAGGCUCCAUCGCAAUACACCUCAGCUUGCUCCCACCCGACGUCACGCUGUCUUCGUCCUUGUCGUCGGAGAUGGUCGUCCUGGAGCCGCUCGAGGCCGGGUUAUCCUAUACCUACAACGAUCCGUCGUGGAGCACGGCGAUCCCUGCUGAGCUGCAGCCACCGCCGAUAGCCGGGUAUCUCGAGUGGCCUGACGAAGAGGAUCAACUUGAGCAGGAGGACGAGGAGGAGGAUGGUGAUGAUUGCAACGAGAUUGACAGGCUCGCGGAGAGUUUCAUAGCGAGGUGCCAUGAGAGGUUCAUGCUUGAGAAGCAGGAGUCGUACAGGAGGUACCAGGAGAUGCUGGCGAGAAGCUUGUAGUGCAGCAGGCAUGAGAGUUUUGGUUUGUAAUCGGUUAAUCAGUACACUUAUCUUAUGCAAUUUGUUUGUUUUUGUCAUU